CGCUCCGGCCGCCUCGGCCCGCUGGGCGCCGCGCCCCGGGGCCCCCGGCACACGGCACACGCGCGCACGGGUGAGCCCGGCUUCGACGUGCGUGUCAUGGCUUAAAAAUAGCGGCUGAUCCGGCAGCCGGUGUCGCGGCGGCAGCGGGCGGGGGCGGCGGCGGCGGCGGCGGCGGCGGCGGCGGCGGGAGGAGAGUCAUGGCCGCGGGGCCCGCGGCGCCUGCGAUCGGCCUCCGGGACUGAGCCCCCGGCCGCGCCCGCACCGAGCAACAGCUACCUGGAGACUAAGCCAUCAUCAGCGCAGCCACCCCUGCAGCUGGCACGGUUUCCAGCACCUCUACGAUGUGCCCUGGUAACUGGCUCUGGGCCUCCAUGACUUUUAUGGCCCGCUUCUCCCGGAGCAGUUCAAGGUCUCCUGUUCGCGCUAGAGGGGCCCUGGAAGAGAUGCCAGCUGUUCAACAUCCCUUCCUCAAUGUCUUUGAGUUGGAGAGGCUCCUCUACACAGGCAAGACAGCCUGUAACCAUGCCGAUGAGGUCUGGCCAGGCCUCUACCUCGGAGACCAGGACAUAGCCAACAACCGCCGUGAGCUCCGCCGCCUGGGCAUCACCCACGUCCUCAAUGCCUCACACAGCAGGUGGCGGGGCACGCCCGAGGUCUACCAGGGGCUGGGCAUCCGCUACCUGGGGGUCGAGGCCCACGACUCGCCAGCCUUUGACAUGAGCAUCCACUUCCAGACGGCUGCCGAUUUCAUCCACCGGGCGCUGAGCCAGCCAGGAGGGAAGAUCCUGGUGCACUGCGCCGUGGGAGUGAGCCGAUCCGCCACACUGGUCCUGGCCUACCUCAUGCUCUACCACCACCUCACCCUCGUGGAGGCCAUCAAGAAAGUCAAGGACCACCGAGGCAUCAUCCCCAACCGGGGCUUCCUGAGGCAGCUCCUGGCCCUGGACCGCAGGCUGCGGCAGGGUCUGGAGGCCUGAGGGCGGAGGAAGGCGCUCAGGCCAGGUGCACCUGUCCCUGGCUCCCGGCUGCAGAGAGGAGGCGCAGAGAUCCCAUCCUCUCCUGUGGGCAGGGGAGCAAGAGGGCUGCGGCUCCCACCGCCGUUGCUGUUGGUCGGGAGGGGAUGGGGAGAGAGGUCGGGCUGUGUGCUGGGCACCCAGGGAGGAGCUGCCCGGGAAAGGAAGCUGCCAAGCUGUAGGUAGAUUCAGACACCCUGGGUUCCAGCCAGGCUGCUCCCGUGACCCUGAGCCCCCUCCCCCGCCCAUUGUGCCCAAGUGUUCCCCUCGCUCACUUAUCAAAACAAAAACGCCAUCUCUGCCCUGUGCCUGUGCGGGGAGUCAGGGAUGCUGCAAGCACGAACGUGAUGGUGGAGAUAUGUGUGUCGAUGGUGGUGGAGAGACAGACGGUAAAGAGAGAGUGUGAAAAGCUGUGAAACCAGAGGGAGACACUCACACAGACUUGUUACUCCAAGCGCAGGAAGAGGAGGUGUGGGAGGCUUGGCGCUGUGCCCGUGGGCGCUGGUCGCGGCCAGAAGCUGCAGAGGUGCAGGCCUGGGAGUCUAGAUGCUCGCUGGCUUCCUGGCUGCAGGUGUCUUGGGGGGAAAUAAAGAUGCUGGACAAGACAAGAUCCUGGUGAAGUCGUUGACAGCUUGUAGGGCCUUCCCCACCUGCCUCCUGGAAACCCCCGGCUUUCUGGGGGCUUUUCAGCAACAGUUCCUGACUCCCUCCUAGUGGUCAUAAACCUCCAGUAGCUGUCAGGGGCCGCCGCUUCUUUCUCUCGAGUUCACUUUCACUCCUGGCCGCCAGCGCAGUCUUGGUGUGUUAUCUCCCGCUGUGUCCACACGGGGGCAGCAGAGGACCAGAAACACCAGGCAUGCAGCCGCUUCGUGGAGCUGCUGCUGGGAAGGCACAGCCUCCAUCUGCCAAGCUUAAAAUAGAUCUCUGUUCCCAAGCUCAGGUGUGGAAGAAAGACAGCUUUAUUUUCAAGAAAUUUGCCAACUUCUAUGUCAAGUCCCCAUCGUGAUGGGCUAGCCGAAUGUUAAUCUUAAAUCAACCCCAGCCCUAAAUCCUAUAUUCAGGGGUCUGGACUUUGCCUGGUACCCAGAAGUUGGAGGAGAAAGAAAGAGAGGUGAUGUAAUUGCUUCCUCUUGUAAUCUUUCCAGGUUUGCCUCAUUAGAAUGUAAUGCAGUCUCCUUAGUCAACUUAGUGAAAAUUUAGACUCACUAACCAGAGAGAACCAUCUUGGUUUUUCUGUUAUCCCAGCUGGGAAGUGCCAGCCACCACAUCCCUCCUUUAAAAAAAAAAAAAAAAGGAAAGAAAGAAGAAAAAGACAUGUUCCUAGAAUGGAAAAUCUGCAUGACUAGGAGUAGGGGACAGAAGAGAAUGUGGAAACUACAGGGAGAAGAAGUCACUUAAUAUACCUAAAGAGUGUAUCUUACCCCAAAGUAUAGAAACUCAGAAUCUCAAAGCUGGAAGGUGCCUCCAUAGAUGAUCCAUUUCCACCCUCCAACAAGGCAUAAAUAAAUCAGCUUUUUUUUUUAAUACCUUUGAUGCUGUUCAUCAAGCACCUCCUUGGACACCGUUGAUGGUAAGGAACCAGUACAUAACGUCCAUACUAUUUUACCAGCUCUGAAUAUGAGAAAGCUCUAAUACCACGCAUGCAUCAUGCAGUCUGGUUACAGUAGUAGCGACAUGAGGCCAAAAGAUGCACCAGCCUGGGCUCCCUGGCUAUUAGGGCCUUCGGGUAAGUCACUUGGCAAACCCUUCUCCACCUGUCAGGUGCGAUAGUCCUGUCUGCUUCCCCAGUGUCACUGGGCAUUUAAUCAGAUAUGCAAGUAUGAGGCUCAGAGCACAGGCAGUAUUUAGUAAGUGUUCUUUCUCUUGUUCCAUGCCUCCCCUGGUUUGAGGCCAGCUUCUCCUGGCUCUUCUGUGUCCUCUUACUUUCCGCCUAGCAGCUCUGAUUGUCUCCAAGAGUCUGAGUUUGUCAUGUUUCAAGUUUCCCCCUCAGCCUUGCCAAUAGAGGCGUCUCUUUCUGUUUGUGGCAACCAGCACUGGUCUCGGUGCUUCAAGCUAGACCGGCAAAAUCUAGUAGCCAGGACCUUAAAUUUCUAUUACCGUUGAGGGUCAAACUUAUCUAAGGGGUAGAAUGAGGCCGUAAUUAGAAAUGUGGAUUCUAAUUAAAAUGCAUCGAUUCCCUAUCAGAACCAUGGGCAAGAGGAUUUAAGAAUAAGAUCAAAUAACCCAAAAGUAACUCAGGCUUUAGACAGACAGACCCUAAGCAUGACCUGACCAGUACAGAGUACCCCGUGGACCUGGCACCACCUUUGUUCCAAUCCAGUACAUAUAUCUGUCACUAUUGAUGUAACCUGCAGCAUCUUCUAACUUCUAGUCGAGAAGUAUAGCGACUAAAGUAUAUUUGGCCAAAGAUUAUCUUCACAGAGCAGGUGAGUGUGAGCCCCACGUUGGGUGGAGAUAUUGCUUAAAUAAAUUAAAAUACAGCUGUAUGAAUGCAGGCUGAAUGUGCCUCAAGUAAAUCCCCUAGAACUGUUUCAAGCUGAGUCAACUUGAGAAUUUAUUUCUAACUUCUAGUCAGGAAGUAUAGCGACUAAAGUAUAUUUGGCCAAAGAUUAUCCUCUCGGAGCAGGUUACAUAUUUGUAUUAUUUAACAAAGCCAUGUGAUGGCUGUGCUGAGGCAGUCUUUUGCCUCUAUAGAUAUUAAGAUAUCAACCCAUUUAAUCCUCAUGAAAACCCUGUGAAAGAUGUCAUUGGCAUCUCUUGACAGGGAAGCUGAGGCGAAAGAACUUUCCCCAGGACACAGAGGCGGCCAGUGGAAGGAUUCAGACCCGGUGCUCUGGCUUCAGAGCCCGAGUAGAAUCACCCUCCUGCUAUGCCUUUCGUCCCUAACUCCACCAUUUCACAUUAUAAGUGUGCCUGUGCCUGUGCGUGUGUGUGUGUGUGUGUGUGUGUGUGUGUGUGUGUGUUCCAGGGAGAGAUGAGGGGGUGCCUCACAGCCUGGUCAUUACACAGAUAGAAUCAAUGCUGUCCUCCCAAGGGGCUGGGGGUGACAGCUGUCACAGGCUGGUCUUCCUCCCACCUGCCAAAACCAAUGUUCAAAGUCCAGUCUCUCUCUUCCUCUUCUUGGGGGCAGUUGACUGCUUGAACCUAAGCAAAGGACAGGAAUAAAUGAGCUCUUGUCAGAUGCAGCCUGUGCUUUCAGCCGGCUGGGCCCGGCCCCUCGGGGGCUGUGGCCCAAGUCAGUCUUGUCAUUCUGUCCUGCUCCUGCCCCUGCCACCUCCAGCCCUGGCCUGGGUGAUGUUGACUCAAACCUUUGUGGCAAGACGGGGAGCUUUUGCUGCCUCUGGGGAGAGGGAGGAAUGUUUGUCCGGUCCCUCACCCUGUAACUAAUCCCAGCUGAGAAGCUCCACAGGGAGAGGCGCUAAGGGAGAGCGGCUGCUUCUGAGCCACGAGGCAGCAGAUGGAAGGAACCAGAGAGGCAGCUGGGCAUUAACAUUGGCUGGAGAGGGCCAGGCCUGGCUGCACAGAAUGGCCGUGCUGGAAUAAUGGCCUGCAGAGAAGACAGCUUACGGGGAGAGUGAGACUGGUUAUAAAGAAAGAUAGGGGUACCUGGGUGGCUCCAUGGUUGAGCAUCCGCCUUUGGCUCAAGGUGUGAUACUGGGGUCCUGGGAUCGAGUCCCACAUCGGGCUCCAUGCAUGGAGCCUGCUUCUCCCUCUGCCUGUGUCUCUCUGUGUGUCUCUCAUGAAUAAAUAAAUAAAAUCUUGAAAGAAAGGAAAGAAAGAAAGAAGAAAGAAAGAAAGAAAGAAAGAAAGAAAGAAAGAAAGAAAGAAAGAAGAAAAGAAAGAAAGAGGGAUCCCUGGGUGGCGCAGCGGUUUGGCGCCUGCCUUUGGCCCAGGGCGCGAUCCUGGAGACCCAGGAUCGAGUCCUACAUCGGGCUCCCGGUGCUUGGAGCCUGCCUCUCCCUCUGCCUGUGUCUCUCCCUCUCUCUCUUUCUCUCUGUGUGUGACUAUCAUAAAUAAAUAAAAAAAAUUUAAAAAAAAGAAAAAAAACUAUUUAAAAAAAGAAAGAAAAGAAAGAAAA